UCAAGCUGUCUUCCGUCUUUCCAGAACGGCACUCUCUCUUACCGCUGUCUAUAAACGCUUUCGAGCUAGGGUUUUCCGGAAUACGUUCUCUCUUAUAUAUAUUUCUAGGUUUUUGUUUUUUUUCAACAACUGUUAUCUCUGCUCUUCUUAGGGUUUAUCUGUGUUAUUUUUAAUUUCCUCCACCAUGGAGAAGCUUAGAGAUUUGAGUCAGCCGAUGGACGUCGCCUUGCUAGACGCUACCGUCGCUGCCUUCUACGGCACUGGAUCUAAAGAAGAGAGGGCUGCUGCUGAUCAUGUUUUGAGGGACUUGCAAAACAAUCCAGAAAUGUGGCUUCAAGUGGUUCAUAUUCUGACGAAUGCGCACAAUUUGAAUACCAAAUUUUUUGCUUUGCAGAUUUUGGAAGGUGUGAUUAAGUAUCGAUGGAAUGCAUUGCCUGAUGUACAACGUGAUGGGAUGAAAAACUACAUAUCCGAAGUCAUUGUAAAGUUAUCAAGUGACGAGGGUUCAUUUCGCCGGGAAAGAUUGUAUGUCAACAAACUGAAUAUUAUAUUGGUUCAGAUCUUAAAACAUGAGUGGCCUGCAAGAUGGCGAAGUUUCAUUCCUGAUCUUGUUGCUGCUGCAAAAACGAGUGAAACUAUUUGUGAAAAUUGCAUGGCCAUACUGAAACUUUUGAGUGAAGAAGUUUUUGAUUUCUCAAGGGGUGAAAUGACCCAACAAAAGAUCAAAGAGUUGAAACAGUCAUUAAAUAGUGAGUUUCAGCUCAUCCACGAGCUAUGCAUGUAUGUCUUGUCAGCAGCAUCACAGAGAACUGAGCUUAUAAGGGCAACACUUGCCACUUUACAUGCUUUUCUGUCCUGGAUUCCUUUGGGUUAUAUAUUUGAAUCCCCAUUGCUUGAGACACUCUUAAAUUUCUUACCUGCGCCGUCAUAUCGGAACCUUACCCUUCAAUGCUUGACUGAGGUUGCUGCUCUUAGUUUUGGAGAUUUCUACAACGUGCAAUAUGUCAAAAUGUAUAAUGUAUUCAUAGUGCAACUACAGACAAUACUUCCUCAUAAUACAAAUGUACCUGAUGCUUAUGCCAAUGGUUCUAGUGAGGAGCAGGCAUUUCUUCAGAAUCUGGCACUCUUUUUCACCUCAUUUUAUAAGGCUCAUAUUCGCGUGCUAGAGUCUUCUGCGGAGAACGUGUCGAUGCUUCUAAUGGGCCUGGAGUAUCUGAUUAGUAUUUCUUACGUGGAUGACACUGAGGUUUUCAAGGUUUGCCUGGACUACUGGAACUCAUAUGUACUUGAGUUGUUUGGCGCACAUCAUAAUCUGGAUAAUCCUGCAAUGACUGCUAACAUGAUGGGACUUCAGAUGCCAUUUCCUGGAAUUGUUGACGGUAUUGGUUCACAACUACUACAGCGGAGACAACUAUAUGCUGGAAUAAUGUCCAAGUUGAGGUUGUUAAUGAUAUGCCGCAUGGCUAAGCCCGAGGAAGUUCUGAUUGUUGAGGAUGAGAAUGGCAAUAUAGUCCGUGAAACAAUGAAGGACAAUGAUGUUCUUGUUCAAUAUAAGAGCAUGCGGGAGACUCUUAUUUACUUGGCAAACCUUGACCAUGAAGACACAGAGACACAGAUGCUGAAGAAACUAAGCAAGCAACUCAGUGGUGAGGAUUGGACAUGGAACAACUUAAAUACAUUAUGUUGGGCAAUUGGCUCAAUAUCCGGGUCCAUGGUGGAGGAGCAGGAGAACAGAUUUUUAGUUAUGGUGAUCCGUGAUCUACUCAAUCUCUGUGAAAUAACAAAAGGAAAAGACAAUAAAGCUGUGAUUGCCAGUAACAUUAUGUAUGUUGUUGGGCAAUAUCCUAGAUUUCUUAGAGCUCACUGGAAAUUCUUGAAGACAGUUGUCAACAAGUUAUUUGAGUUCAUGCAUGAAACACACCCUGGGGUUCAGGACAUGGCCUGUGAUACUUUCCUGAAAAUUGUUCAGAAGUGCAAAAGGAAAUUUGUGAUUGUGCAGGUUGGGGAAAACGAGCCAUUUGUGUCUGAACUUUUGACAAGUCUUCCCACAACAAUUGCUGAUCUAGAGCCACACCAGAUCCAUACUUUCUAUGAAUCUGUUGCUCAGAUGAUACAAGCAGAAUCAGACCCUCAGAAAAGAGAUGAUUUUUUGCAGAGACUAAUGGUGCUUCCCAAUCAGAAAUGGACUGAAAUUAUAGCACAAGCACGCCAAAGAGUGGAUUUUCUGAAAGAUCUGGAUGUUGUUAGGACUGUUCUUAAUAUAUUGCAGACAAAUACCAGCGCUGCCACUUCACUUGGAUCAUAUUUCUUAUCGCAAAUUACCAUGAUCUUUUUGGACAUGCUUAAUGUGUACAGGAUGUAUAGUGAGCUUAUUUCUACAACCAUUGCAGAAGGAGGUCCCUAUGCGUCCAAAACCUCCCAUGUAAAACUCUUGCGUUCUGUUAAGAGGGAAACCUUGAAGCUCAUUGAGACAUUUUUGGACAAGGCUGAAGACCAACCACAAGUUGGAAAACAAUUUGUACCCCCCAUGAUGGAUCCCGUCCUUGGUGAUUAUGGAAGAAAUGUUCCUGAUGCCAGGGAAUCAGAAGUCUUAUCCCUUUUUGCAACAAUAAUAAACAAGUACAGAGGUGCAAUGACAGAUGAUGUGCCCCGCAUCUUUGAAGCUGCUUUCCAGUGCACACUGGAGAUGAUCACUAAAAAUUUUGAAGACUAUCCUGAGCAUCGGCUGAAGUUCUUCUCAUUGCUCCGUGCAAUAGCAACACACUGUUUUCCAGCAUUGAUUCAUUUGUCAAGUCAGCAAAUGAAGCUUGUUAUGGACUCCAUAAUAUGGGCUUUCAGGCACACAGAAAGGAACAUUGCUGAGACAGGAUUAAAUCUUUUGUUGGAGAUGCUAAAAAACUUCCAGGGUUCAGAGUAUUGCAAUCAAUUUUAUCGCUCUUACUUUGUGACAAUAGAACAAGAAAUAUUUGCUGUUCUGACGGAUACAUUUCAUAAGCCUGGGUUCAAGUUGCAUGUCUUAGUACUCCAGCACUUAUUUUGUCUGGUGGAGUCUGGUUCAUUGACAGAACCAUUAUGGGAUUCAUCGACUGUUACACUUCCCUAUCCAAAUAAUGGAAUGUUUGUUCGUGAAUACACCAUCAAACUUUUGGGUACAUCAUUCCCAAACAUGACUACAACUGAGGUGACGCAAUUUGUCAAUGGACUUUUUGAAUCAAGGAAUGAUUUUGCAUCGUUCAAGAAUCAUAUACGAGACUUUCUUGUGCAGUCAAAAGAGUUUUCUGCUCAGGACAACAAGGAUCUGUAUGCAGAAGAAGCAGCAGCUCAGAGGGAGAGGGAAAGACAAAGAAUGCUUUCAAUUCCUGGGCUGAUUGCACCGAGCGAGAUACAAGACGAGAUGGUGGACUCGUAGAAAGGGCGAGGCUAAUUUUGAUUUGCAUGAUUUUUAUGUAAUCAAUAUCAUCACCAUGGUCUGAGUUGAGAGUUGUGUAGGCAGUGCAAUGGAGAAUAGGCAUUUAAGGAAAAUAUUUGGGUUUUAUUUUUCUCAAAAUCUUCCAUUUGUUUGAACAUGUGGAUCAUGAAGGGUGGUGUUCUACUGGUGCAGAGGGAUCUGACAACUAAUGAAUGUUGGCUUGUAGAUUAUUACUACUAUUAUUAUUAUUAUUAUUUGGUAGUGUUUCUUCUUCUAAUGCUAGGAAAACAAAAUUAUAGCAGGACGUAACUGUUUGAUCAUCAUAUGGAGGAGUUGGAUAACAUUUUGGUUGAAUGUUAGCAAAAGUGGGGUGUGUUCUGUGUGUGUUAUGCACAUCAAAUUUAUGCAUUUAUUGAAGAUGUCAUCAACAUCAUCAUUAUGUGUUUAAUAUUAUGAUCUAACAUUAAAGUUUA